CCAGAAUAUCAGAAUGAACUGAUGAAGGAAGGAGACACAAACACAGAGGAAUUAAGAGAGAAACAGACACAACUAGAAAAUGGAGCGGAACACAUUUAUCACGCUUAUUUUCUCAGCUGUCUUCAGUUUAUCUGCAUGUGUUCCACAUCAGUAUCACUUUGUGAAUAUGCAUUUGACCUGGACUGAAGCUCAGAGAUACUGCAGAGAGAAUUACACAGAUCUGGCCACCAUCAACAACAAGAAUGACAUAGAAGAGCUGCUGAAGAGUGUGAAUGAUGAUCAGGUUCAGUAUGUCUGGAUUGGGCUGCAGAAGACAAUCAGUUAUAAAUGGAAGUGGUCUCUGGGUGACCCUGCGUUCUACACAGGAAAUGAUUCACAGUAUCGCAACUGGGCACAGGGACAGCCUAAUGGUGAUGAUGACUGUAGUAACAUGAAUCCUGGACAAUGGAAUGAUUAUGAAUGUAAUAACAGCUUACCUUUCAUGUGUUACAGAGACAGCAGUAAAGAAUACAUCGCUGUAAAUCAGCCCAUGACUUGGAGAGCUGCUCAGAAUCACUGCAGGGAGUUUUACACAGAUCUGGUCAGUGUGAGGAACCAGACUGAGAAUCAACAGAUUGAGAAGAUCAGGAAUGAUGCACACAUUACAUCUGCAGUCUGGAUCGGUCUGUUCAGAGACUCAUGGGAGUGGUCAGAUCAGAGUAACUCCUCAUUCAGAAACUGGAGGACAGGUGUACCUGAUAAUGAUGGGGGGAAUGAAAACUGUGCAGUGGUUUGGGUCAAUACAGACCGUGGACAAUGGGGGGACGUGACUUGUAGUUUCAAAUAUCCCUUUGUCUGCCAUGAAGAUAAACUGGUUUUGAUUAAGCAGAAUCUGAGCUGGCCAGAAGCUCUGAAAUACUGCAGAGAGAAUCAUGUGGAUCUGGUGUCAGUUCACUCCGAGCAGAUUCAGCGUCGGGUGAUGAAUGUGGUUCAAAAGGCUUCCACUGCUGAAGUGUGGUUGGGUUUACAUCACUACUGCGCCAUGAACAUGUGGAUCUGGUUGAGGGGGGAGGUUGUGUGCUAUCAGAACUGGGCUGCAGGUCACGGGACAGGAGUGGACUGCAGGGAUGGACCGAGAGUUGGAGCAGUUCAGUCUGGAGGAGAUCAUCGCUGGGUCAGCCUUCCUCAAACUCACAAACUCAACUUCAUCUGCACCAACUAUGACUGAAUCAACAGGGUUCCCACUCUUUUCAAGGAACAAUUUUCCAGGACAUUUCUAGGACAUUUUCUGUGCCCAACAGGUGUAAUAUUUAAGCAAAAAACACACAAGAGGUCAUGAUGUAUGUUGUGGUUAUUGAAGUGGACUCAGAUCCACUUAUUGUGGUUAUAAAAGGAUCCAUUCAUUUAUUAUUGAAAAUUAAUUCACAUCCUGAGGUGUAAAGGCAGCAUCACCACACUACCAUUGAACUCAUAAAAAAAAAACAAAAAAACAAUCAGCAGUCUGACCGUAAACCGUUGUCUAAGGUUUACCACUCAGAUGUUUUUGUAGUGAACAUAACAGCAAUGUUAGAAUGAAAAAAUCAUAUUUUUCACUAUAUCAAUACUUAAACUAUUUUGUUGGAGCAAAGUAGAGAUUAAAGCAGAUGAGCAGAGAAUGUACGUAACAGGGCUUCGUUCAUGACAGUCAACCACUGAUGUUGUUUCACAAAGGUGCAGCCGCCGACAGUGACAAAACUAGGGAUGCACCGAUGUAUGACCAAAUUAAAACCAUCAGCAUAUCAGUUAUUGUCACAUAUUCCGGUCAUCAAGCUUGGACUCUGUUUUAUAUCUGUGUUAUAUUUAGAUACUCUGUUCUGUAUUUGUUCUGUGUAUCUGUGUAAUGUUCUGGACACCACUAGAGGUCGUCAUCCCUCUUUUCUGUUCCUUGUUCCUGUUUCCUGUUUGUAUUCUGUUAUGGGGUUUGUAGUCUGCUGUAGUUCUGUUUUGUUAUUGGCCUGUGAUGCAGUGAGAUCCAGCAGAUGGAAAUGACUUCAAUAAAUCAGAUGAUUUGUAGAAGGAAUAACAACUUUUAAUUUGUAAAAAUGAAUAAAUGAAUAAAAAUGAAUGAAUGAAUGAAUGAAUACUGAAUAAAUGCGAUAAUACAGAAAAUAAA